AUGGCGCUCACAGCUCAGUUAAAUACACUUGCUAGAAAGUCGAAACUAGCCGCCUUUGGCAAUGCACUGCGUUUCACUCCGUCCUGGCGAUAUUAUUCCAGUGCCGCUACUACCGCAGAUGGCACGCUACCCUUAGCUGGUAUCAGGGUCCUUGAUAUGACGCGAGUUCUAGCAGGGCCGUACUGUACGCAGAUCUUGGGCGAUUUAGGAGCGGAUGUGAUCAAGGUCGAACACCCCGUCCGAGGUGACGACACUCGCGCCUGGGGUCCGCCUUACGCGAAGUAUGCGGACGAAUCUAAGAAAGGCCCUGGCGAGAGUGCUUAUUACCUAGCUGUCAAUCGCAACAAAAAGUCUCUUGGACUCUCCUUCCAACACAAGUCUGGCGUUGAGAUUCUCCACAAGCUCGCCAAGGAAUGUGACGUCUUGGUCGAGAACUACCUGCCGGGAGGCCUUGCAAAAUACGGAAUGGAUUAUGAGACACUGCAUAAAAUAAACCCCAAAUUAAUCUACGCGAGCAUUACAGGAUAUGGCCAGACAGGACCUUACAGCAACCGGGCCGGUUACGAUGUCAUGGUCGAGGCAGAGAUGGGAUUGAUGCAUAUCACCGGAGCUAGGGAUGGAGCUCCAGUGAAAGUGGGUGUUGCUGUGACCGACUUGACGACUGGCUUAUACACAUCCAAUGCGAUCAUGGCGGCUCUAAUUGCACGAGGCCGAACAGGAAAGGGACAGCAUAUCGAUGCAUGCUUGAGUGACUGUCAAGUUGCAACGUUGUCAAACCUAGCUAGCUCUGCAUUGAUCAGUGGCCAGAAGGAUUCUGGUAGAUGGGGUACAGCACACCCAUCUAUUGUUCCCUACCGCAGCUAUAAGACCCUUGACGGGGAUAUCCUUUUUGGUGGCGGAAACGACAGACUGUUCGGUGUGCUUUGUGAUCGACUCGGCUUUCCAGAAUGGGCGACCGAUGCACGCUUUGUGACUAACAGCGACCGUGUGAAGCACCGCGCAGACAUUGAUGGAUUAAUUGAAGAUAUCACUCAGAAGAAAACAACAAAGGAAUGGUUGGAAGUAUUUGAAGGCAGCGGAAUGCCCUAUGCCGCUGUAAAUGAUAUUCAGGGGACCCUGAACCACGAACAUGUCUUGGCACGAAACAUGGUUACUGAAGUCGAACAUCCGGCUUGUGGUCCAAUCAAGUUGGUCAAUACUCCAAUCAAGUAUUCGGAGGCGACACCAGGUGUUCGUUCACCUCCUCCUACCCUUGGGCAGCAUACAGAUGAGAUUUUGGGACGUGUUCUUGAUUAUGAGGAGGCGGAUAUUGCUCGCCUAAAGGAAGAAGGUGUCAUCGCAUAA